AAACCUUCUUCCUUCUCUCAUUUCCAUAUCUCUCACCAUGAACACCAUGUCUGCUUUGUCUGUUAACUCUGGUCAUAAUUUGGAUUCCAUUUCCACCGUUUUCUGUUUCCUAUUCUUCUUCUUCACCGCUAUGUUUUCCCUGUUUUCUCUGCUGCUGUUUAUUCUCCGCCUCCGCCCGUGGUGCAACUGCCACGUGUGCCGCAGCUUCCUCACCUCCAGCUGGACGAAAGACUUCGCAAACUUCUGCGACUGGUACGCACAUCUGCUGAGGAAGUCUCCGACCGGGACUAUCCACAUCCACGUCCUCGGCAACAUCGUCACUUCCAACCCGGAAAACGUGGAGUACAUGUUGAAAACGAGGUUCGACAACUACCCGAAAGGGAAGCCUUUCACCGUGCUCCUCGGCGAUCUUUUGGGCCGCGGGAUUUUCAACGUCGACGGCGACAUGUGGCGGUUCCAGCGCAAGAUGGCUAGUCUGGAGCUAGGCAGCGUGACGGUCCGGUCCCACGCGCUCGAGGUCGUCGCCGCUGAGAUUCAGUCCAGGCUGAUCCCGCUCAUGGCUUCCGUAUCAGGGAACGACUCAGACGCCGGCGUUUUGGAUCUGCAAGACUUGUUCCGGCGAUUCUCGUUCGACAACAUCUGCAAAUUCUCUUUCGGGUUGGACCCAGGUUGUCUCGAGCCGUCUCUGCCCGUUUCGAAAUUCGCCGACGCGUUUGACCUGGCCUCGAAGCUCUCCGCAGAACGCGCCAUGACGUCAUCGCCGGUGUUUUGGAAGAUCAAGAGGUUUUUCAACGUCGGCUCCGAAAAGCGGCUCAAGGAAGCCGUCAGAAUAAUCGAUGAUCAGGCGAAAGAGAUGAUCAAACAGCGUCGGAAAAUGGGCUAUGUCGCCAAAAACGACCUCCUGUCGCGGUUCAUGGCCAUCGUCAACGACGACGACCAGUACCUCAGAGACAUAGUCGUCAGCUUUCUCUUGGCGGGCCGCGACACCAUCUCCUCCGGUUUGACCAGCCUGUUCUAUUUACUGUCCCAGCACCCGGAAGUCACGCGGGCCAUCCGUGAGGAGUCGGAUCAGGUCAUGGGUCGGGCCGGAGCGAUCCCGAGCUUUGAACAGAUGAGGGAGAUGCAUUACUUGCAUGCAGUGCUUUACGAGACAAUGAGGCUGUUCCCGCCGGUGCAAUUUGAUUCCAAGUAUUGUCAAGAAGACGAUGUGUUACCUGAUGGUACUUUUGUCAAGAGUGGAACUAGAGUCACCUAUCAUCCUUACGCAAUGGGUCGGAUGGAGAGCAUUUGGGGACCCGAUUGCCUUGAUUUCAAGCCGGAGAGGUGGUUGAAGAACGGUGUUUACUCACCGGUGAGCCCGUACAAGUACCCGGUUUUUCAGGGAGGGGAUAGAGUGUGCUUGGGGAAAGAGUUGGCUCUAGUGGAGAUGAAAUGUGCGGCUGCUGCCCUUGUUGGGAGGUUUGAUAUUCGGGUUUCGCAACCCGGUCAGGCACCACGGUUCGCGCCGGGGCUUACCGCCACCGUGAGAGGCGGGUUACCAGUUCGAGUUGAAGAAAGGAGAGGCUAGGGUAGCUGGAUCUUCAUGCAAAUAUUUCAUAUUGUCCUUGCUUUUAAGGGCAAGUUAGCAUAUAGGGCAGUAGAUGAAUGCUAACUUAGACUAAUCCUUUUAGGCAAAAUAUUUAAGCAGUAGUGGCUCGGACAUCCGUACUCUAAUGUAAUGACGAAGCAUGAAAUCUGAAUUUAUGAAUGUAAGAAGGCAAUACUGCCAUCCGUAAUUCCAUAUAUAGUACAUGCGUACUUAUUCCUUUUUUCCUU